UACAAAAUGAUUUAAAAUUAUUGUCAUAUGCAUUUAUCUUCACUCUGAUGAGGGCUCAGACGUGAUAACACCCGUGGUUCCCUGUCCCCGUGGGAGCUGGCGUGCGUGCUGCCUGCUGCCUCCCCUCCAUUAGCCACAGCUAUUGGAUUUCCCACCCAGAAUCUUUAGGUAAAUGAGGUGUUUCCUUCAAGGAUACUAUCUCCUGGAGGCGGUUAUCUUCUUGUGAACAUUGAGGGAAGGUGAGAAGAUCAUGAUUCUGGAAGGAAGUGGUGUGAUGAAUCUCAACCCCAGCAACAACCUCCUCCACCAGCAGCCAGCCUGGACAGACGGCUACCCCACGUGCAAUGUUGCCAGCGGGUUUUUCGGAGGCCAGUGGCAUGAAAUCCAUCCUCAGUACUGGACCAAGUACCAGGUGUGGGAGUGGCUCCAGCACCUCCUGGACACCAACCAGCUGGACGCCACCUGCAUCCCUUUCCAGGAGUUCGAUGUCAACGGCGAGCACCUGUGCAGCAUGAGCCUGCAGGAGUUCACGCGGGCAGCGGGGGCUGCGGGUCAGCUUCUCUACGGCAACCUGCAGCACCUCAAGUGGAAUGGCCAGUGCAGCAGUGACCUGUUCCAGUCCACACACAAUGUCAUCGUCAAGACAGAACAAAGUGACCCUUCCAUCAUGAACACCUGGAAAGAAGAAAACUUUUUAUAUGACACCAACUAUGGUAGCACAGUAGAUUUGUUGGACAGCAAGACGUUUUGUCGGGCCCAGAUCUCCAUGACGAGCACGGGUCACCUUCCUGUCGCAGAGUCACCUGAGAUGAAAAAGGAGCAAGACCACUCUUCAAAGUCCCACACCAAAAAGCACAAUCCACGAGGGACCCACUUAUGGGAAUUCAUCCGUGACAUCCUCCUGAACCCAGACAAGAACCCAGGGUUAAUCAAGUGGGAAGACCGGUCUGAGGGCAUCUUCAGGUUCUUGAAAUCAGAGGCUGUGGCUCAGCUAUGGGGCAAAAAGAAAAACAACAGCAGCAUGACCUAUGAAAAACUCAGCCGAGCGAUGAGAUAUUACUACAAAAGAGAAAUUCUGGAACGUGUAGACGGAAGAAGACUCGUAUACAAAUUUGGGAAGAAUGCACGUGGAUGGCGAGAAAAUGAAAACUGAACCUGCCAACACUGAGCACGAACCCAAACAUUCCCCCAAAUGAUAGCCAGCAAAGAGCUCCUGGACAUAAGUAUUUCAAAGACUACUUUUCUCUGAUAUUUAUGUACCUUGAGGGGGAAAACCAUCUACUUCUAAUGGGAAGAAGGAACACUACAGUUGAUAAAAUUAUUUUGUUACUUUGAAGUAUGUCCUAUAUGGGGGACAAACGUACACAGUUUUCUGUGAAAUAUGAUGCUCUAUGUGGUCGUGAUUGGUUUUUGCCUCUAUUGUGAAGUUCCUUUCCACGGCGAGAAGGGCAGGAUUUGUAGCCUUGUGCUUCUUGCUAAAAGAAAGAGAAAAAAAUUAGAGGGCAUUAAAUGUUUUUAUGUUAGGAAAAGGUGACAUGUCCUCUGCGUGUAAGCAUCCACGUGGCCUCAUCGGGAGAGGCGGGAGAGGUCACUAAGGUGAACUCCAAGGUCUCAGAUUGACAGGAUGAACCCAAGGAUGCUGGAAGUUUAACCUGACCUUUUGGAGCCAGUGAGGGGAGCAUGAAGACUUCCAAAAUCCAAGUGGACUAUAAUCACUUCAUAAUCACAUGACUUGCCGCGCUUAAAUCAGCAGAAUAAUGGUGAAGGCUUUCUACUCAUUCAAGAAUGAUUUACCUGACGCCAAGGCUGUCUCUCUCCCUCCCUCGUCGAUGACUGGGGGAAAAAAACUUCAAAUGCUGUCUCUGCUCAUUUCUAGGUAUUUAAGAGAGAGUUUAGCCUUGGUUGUUUUCAAUCCCAAUUGUUUGAAAAUAAAUGGGAAAAAGGAAGUGGUGAUGAGUUUGCUCUUGUAUUUACAGCCCAUCGAUUCUCGAUGAACAAAAUGUGGAUGUUUUUGGCUGAGUGAUUCUUUUUUGUGCAUUGUUUGGCUGUCUUGUGCUUGUAGGUUGUUUAGCGGGAUCUGUGAUCUUUACCCACUGGAUGCCAGUUGCCCUCCCUUCCCCAAAGUUGUGACAUCUUCAGACGUUGCCACAUUUCCCUUGAAAAAGGGCAAGAUUGUCCCUGAUUGAGAACCACUGAGGCAGCCCGCCGAGACAAAGAUGGCGAUUUACUCUUAGAACAAAAAUAUGUGUAGAUCUUUCAGCUCCCAGAGUGAAGUAAAAGUAAGACUUCAAAGUCCAUCAAUUUUUACGUUUUAAAAUAUUAGGGACAAUGGGAAUGUUAGAAAUGGGAAAUCUAGAGGGGAUUUUCAGAAUCCCAGAUGAGAACCAAAGUCAGAGAAGUUAAACAGAAUUAUGUAACAAGAAUUAUAAUAGAAGACAUUUCACUAGAAUGACAAAGCAGAGUAAAAUUUACAUUGCAAAAGGAAAUGCUGAGAGAAGAAUGGGGGGGGGGGGAGAGAGAGAGAGAGAGAGAGAGAGAGAGAUCCAGGGAAAAUCUUUGUUCUUUUGGAUGAUUUCUUUCCUGUCUUAUCUGGACUCAUCCCAAAGUGAAUGGUGUGUUGCCUAGAUUUGUGUCCAGAGGAUUUUUUUUUUUUUAAAAACAGAAAAAAGAAAGGUAGAUGGAAGAGAAACAGAAUGCUCAGUUCAGGGGCUAUGGCCAGUAAGGAGUUGGGGAUUUCUCCAGUGGCAUUGCUCUGGGCUGCCUGGAGACUUAAUCCUGGGCCUUGCAGCCUGGGAGGAACAUGAGCCUGUAGACACUUUGAGAAUGGGUUUGAACCCUGAGAUCCCUUUUGCACCUUUUCUUUUUGGCCCCCCACGUCCUUCGCUUUCUCCCCCCUUUUGCCUCUCUAUUUUGAGCAAUAAUAUGGGGACGGAGACAGCUAAUGUCAUCCACGAAGAGAACACCCACCGCGGUGUCUCACCCAACGAAGGUGAACGAGUCAUAGUCGAAGGUUGUGGAGUGUUUGUAAUGUAUUCAGAAGGUUGGAAGUAAGAAUUCAGAAUUUGUCCUGAUCAUAACGAGAACCAUUACGGACGGCGACCUUGGAGCGGCAGCUUAGCGAGAUGAUCUUCUGAAGGUACAACCAAGUCCGUUUUUGCUUCUGCCUGGCUUGGUCACUUCCACAGAGGUGUUACUGGGUGUUGUCAAGGAACAGUUACCGAGGGACCUGAGAGAAAAAACAAUGAGCCACACAGACCCGAAGCACACUGCCUAAAAGACACACCUUGCUUUCCCAGCGAAGCUGAAGGACUCUGAGGCUUUUCCAGCAUUUUACUACGUUUCACCUGGAACAAAUUAAACAUGCAAACAUCUGAACUGGUAUAAAUGCAUAAAUGUUUGCAUGUCUGUGUACAUCUGAACCGUGUGGCGCUAUUAGGGACGUCUGCUAUUUCGUUCUCUGUUCUUUCUUCCCUGGCUUUGCCUAUUUAUCAUGGGGGGGCGGGGGAGGCGCUAGAUCCUUCCCUGAGCUCACCCUUCCCCACACCUGCAAGUUUCUCACAUUCCUCCAAAUUGGCCUUGGCUCUUUCUGCACCCUCCCCCUGAAGAGCAGUUUCUGCUCGGCAGUAAGAAAAUCUGGGGAGUACUGAUUGGAACAGUUCUGCAGAUAAUUAACAGAUUGUGCUAUUUGUUGAAAGUGACGGUUUCUUGGCACCCAGUUCCUGCUUAAAUAGGCUAGAGUAUUAAGUUCUCAGCAUAUCUCUCUAUUGUCUUGGCUUGAGUUGAUGCAUUUUCUAUGUGCUGUUCGUGACUUGGAGAACUCAAGGGAAUUGAGCCAUGCCAGCUUGGGGUGUGAACAGAGUACUUCCCACCACAGUGUUGCAAGGGAGAGCAAAAUCCCAGAGAUAAGCCAGCAUCAAAUGAAGCCUCCCCCCAAACUCCAGUCUCUUGGGCACUCACAGCUUCUCGCUCAAGAAGCCUAGCUCUGCUGGAUGUUCACAGCAUCCCUACAUCUGGUCUCCUUGAGCUCCAAAGCUUAGGCUUUAAGCCUUUUUGCCAUUUUCCUGGGACUCUGAGGCAAGAAAGGUGUUGCUAAGAUUUUACCAGACUCACAUAAUCUGAGUCUCCUGGAUAUUUUUCUUGAAAUUUGAGCAAGAUCCUGGAUCCCAGAGACAUACACCCACAGAUUCUUGAACUUGCCUUCUGAACAGGGCAGAUAUGGGUGAUGAGCUUUCCUUUGAACAUGCUGGUUCUUCCUCAAAGUUCAUGCCUUUCUAGACUGUAAGCUCUUAGAGGACAGGAACUAGAUCUUAUCCAUAUUGUUUCCCAGCACCUUGCAUGGGCUCAGUCCUUGGUAAGUAUGUGUUGACUUAAUAAAUGAACGUCUUCUGGAAGACUUGUCCAUAUCCACAAUCGGGAUGUGAAUCAUUUCUUUACUGGAAUAAGAGCACAAUGGCCAAAACUUCGAGAACAUAUUAUGUAUUAGAUGAGCAUUCUACUGUGAGACUUUUUACUUUGCCUUCCUACUUGUCCUGAAAUGAAACCAAACAGUCAGGUUGUUUGGUUCCACCAGUCAACACAUGUUGAAUGAGAAUUCUGUUCCCUUGUUAGGAGCUGUGAGACUUAUCUGGUACGAGAAGCCAGUAAUGGACAUUUGACCUGUUUUAACCAAUGAAGGUUAUGAAUGUGUUUAUAUGAUGUACAUUGCUAUUUAAGUGUAAAGCAGUUCUAGUGUUUAGGGGUUGGUUUAUAUAUAUAUUUUUGUCUUUUUGAAAAAAGGGAUCUUUUGAUAAGGUUAGUCGUGCAUGUUAGAUUUUAAUUUUGCAAGUGUGUUGCUUUUCAAAUCUAUACAAUAGAGGAAAAGGUAAAAUAGUAAGAGGGAAAGGCAAUUAUCUUAUUAUUUUAUAGUUAAAAAAUAAUUUGUUGAGUGCCUACUGUGGGCACAGAAUGGAGCCAUCUAUGUGAGGAGUGUCUUUAAUUCUACAGAACGUUAAGAGAUGUUCCACAGGAUGCUGUUGCAUCGAUACAUGCGGUGUGAAAGAAGGAACGGCAUAGUAGUCACAAUACCAGAACUGGAUUAGCUUCAGCACUGGUUCUCAGGAUGCCUUUUCUGGAAUAGGAGAUAGAGCAUUUAAUAAAAACCCUUUGGGACUGUGCCUUAUGAACCAUUGAAACGUAUAAGCCCUCACAAGUUUAGCUUAAUUGGGAUUAAUCUUUCCGUAGCUAUCUGCACAAUUCUUGCUUUUCUUCCAUUUGGCUUCUGGGUCAACAAUUUCUGGGAAACAAUCCUACUGCCACUAUU